AUGGAUGGCUUCGUGCAGGUCGCUGAGUUGGCAGAUCCCCCCGUGAAGCUCGUGAUUGGCCCGGUGGAUGGGAACGACACCUUGUGUAUGGUCAGCAAUGCGGACAGCUCCCGGCAAGUGCCCAAGAACAUCGUCAUGCUUUGGGUCGGCGACGGCAAGCUGCAGAAGUCGCAGGGGGAGCCGACACCAGGGUCAUUGGUAUACCCUGAUUCCAGAACUCAGAAGGGCAUGUGCCUAGAUUUUGAGUCCAAAACGUUUUCCACGCUCAAAGAUCUUGCACGCAAGCACAAUGUCAGUGACAUUCUUGGCUUCCGUUCGUUCCCGCCCGGCGCCCCUGGAGACUUGGCUCCUGACAGCACGACUUGGGUCAUGGAGAGCGUCAAUCCUCUGAUCCCGCGGCUUAAGCUGGCUUCGGAUGCCAUCGAUCAUAUGG